AAGUACCGCGUUUUCUCUGGAUGAAAAGUCCCCCUCGGUGGCAAGGAAGCUAGACCUAAUGGAUGUUUCGGGCUUAGUUUUCCGUCAGUUUCCAUGCAUGGGUGCUUGUUAUCGGAUCAUCGGCGAUAGAGACUUUAGAGUUUGUUCGAGACUCAGAAUUGUAGAUUCCGUGUCCGGGGGGUUCAGAGACGAUGGGCAUAUACAGUAUUAUAAAAGCGGAUGGCCCAGGUCCCGGUGCGAAGCCAAGAAGCGGGAGACGGAUUCAACCAAGAAGAAGUUAAAAAUGCUUAAAGGGUUAACCAGGGACUUGUCCACCUUUUCUGGCAUGGAUCGUCCUCACACUCACGGACUGGUGUCUCAACUUCAAGGCAAGGCGAUAUCGGUAACCGAAGCAGCAGAGAUACUGCUGAAACAGCUUCAACUUCUUAAAGCAGAGGAGAAGGAAUUGAAGAGGAAGAGAAAGCAAGAGAAGGCCAGGCUGAAAGCUCAACGGAUGGAAACCAAGCUCGAGUCUGAAUCAUCCUCGUCAUCCGAAUCUAGUGACAGUGAAUGCGGAGAAGUCAUAGACAUGAGCGGUAUGCAGAAUGAAGCAGCUGCAAGCCCUGGAACAUUUACUCAAGAGUCCACGGCUUCAACCCUUCCUGCCUUGUUGCCGCAAGAGCUGAACACAGCUGAGGAAAUAAUUUCGCAAGACUGCAAUGGAUGCGAUCGUGGAGAAGAAAGUUGCAUCGGACCAAGCAGGAGUAGCAACUAUUCAAGCAUCGUUGAUUGUCAAGUUAGAAAUGUCUCAAGGAUUGAGAUUUGCAUGGGUGGUAAGUGCAAGAAAUCAGGGGGUGCAGCCUUGUUGGAGGAAUUUGGGAGAGUGAUGGGUGUUGAAGGUGCUGCUGUUGGGUGCAAGUGUAUGGGGAAAUGCAGGGAUGGUCCAAAUGUCAGGAUAUUGAAUGAAGAUGAUUCUGUUAGGACUCCGCCUUACCCUCUCUGCAUAGGUGUUGGUUUGGAUGAUGUGGGGGUUAUUGUGGCGAAUUUCUUUGGACAAAAAAAGACACAAGUUUUGGGAUUGAACCCUUCAUCGUAGAAGUUGGAAUGGCUCUCUUGUUGAUAAUUGAUCCCGGCCCUGUUGGGUGGUUAUGGUAGUGUGAGUGGGCUUUCUUCCAUUUUUAUUUCUAUUCUAUUCAUCUUGGAAUGGUUCUCUUGUUGGAUACUUGAUGAUGCCUUUAGGUGUUCAUAGGACUAAAUUGGUUUGCCUAUCCUGUAAACUCUCUAAAAGCCUUUCCUUCUGCAUGUGCUGUGAGGUUACUUGCAGAUGUAUAAAACUUUUCAAUUUUCAAGUCUCGGUGAAUGUUUCAACUUCUGAGCAA